GAAGUAUAAUAAAUUCCAUACUGUUUGCCUGCCUUGGCACAUGCACUGAGGUCAUUCCUGGCAUAUUUCAAUUGAGUCCCCACCCAUUGUCGUCUUAAUAUGCUAGCUGGGAGGUAGAGAGACUAACUUGGAAAACUCCAGAGUUGCCAGUGGAAUAAGAGCUGUGUGCCUUGCUCUUUGGAAGGCUAGAAAUACACGCUUUAAAGUGGUGGAAUUUACUGAGGCAUGGGGAGAGGGGGAUGGUUAAUUGUGUUUACAGAUAAACAAGACAAAUGCAUUUGAAUUGUGCAAGAGCUGCAAUAAAAGUAGUGACAUCCAUCCUGGCUGCAUUGUAUCUUGGGAUAAUAGUUGCAAUGGUAUUUCACUAAAAACAUACAGUUGUUAUGUAAAAGAACAGAGCAGCAAGAAUUCUAACAAGCAGUUAAGUUUGGAUGACUUUCUACAGAAAACAGUUGAGUAUUAUUCCAUUGUCUAGCAAGAUAUUUCAGAGAAGAUCUAAAGCCUGUAGUGCAGUGAUAGAAAUUCUAAUAUGCAAUGUUUUCGUCAUUGAUUUUAGACUAAUUCAGUAUUUCUCUUCUCUCCUUUUUCCCCCUCGCAUCUAGCAAAACUGUACAAUCUAAAGUGGACUGCAUUUUGAUGCCUCCUUGUCUGUCCUGCUGAUGAGUUCAGAGGAGUCGUGUCAACAGUGGAAAAGCCACUCUAGGUUAGCAAAGCAAGAAGUUGAGAAGUUUACAGACCUAGAGAAACUCUACCUCUACCUUCAGCUGCCUUCGGGUCCCAACAAUGGAGACAAAAGUGAUCAGAUCUCCAUGUCGUCCAGCCGUGCCCAGCAGAUGCACGCCUUCUCGUGGAUACGCAACACCCUGGAAGAGCACCCCGAGACAUCCCUUCCCAAGCAGGAGGUUUAUGAUGAAUACAAGAGCUAUUGUGACAAUCUUGGCUACCACCCAUUAAGUGCUGCUGACUUUGGAAAGAUCAUGAAAAAUGUCUUUCCAAAUAUGAAGGCCCGUCGUCUAGGCACAAGAGGCAAAUCAAAAUAUUGCUACAGUGGACUGAGGAAGAAGGCUUUUGUGCAUAUGCCAACACUGCCCAACCUUGACUUUCAUAAAACUGGAGAUGGGUUGGAUGGAGCAGAGCCAUCGGGGCAGCUGCAAAGUGCGGAUGAGGAAGUUGUCUCUGCAGCCUGCCGGCUUGUUUGUGAAUGGGCCCAGAAAGUGCUGAGCCAGCCUUUUGAUACAGUCUUGGAAUUGGCUCGUUUCCUUGUCAAAAGUCACUAUAUUGGUACCAAGUCAAUGGCAGCUUUAACAGUAAUGGCAGGGGCACCAGCAGGAAUAAAAGGGAUCCCCCAGCCCUCAGCUUUUAUACCUACUGCUGAAAGUAAUUCUUUUCAACCACAAGUGAAAACUCUGCCAUCUCCUGUUGAUGCUAAGCAGCAGCUGCAGCGUAAGAUCCAGAAGAAGCAGCAAGAACAGAAACUGCAGUCUCCUUUGCCAGGAGAGUCUCCAGUAAAGAAAACAGAAGGGGCUGCAACCAAUGGUGUGACCAGUAUAUCCAAUGGAAGUCCUGCCAUUCUGUCCCCUCCACCUAUUGGCAUUGUUGUGGCUGCUGUCCCCAGCCCCAUACCGGUGCCAAGGACCAGGCAGUUGGUGACAUCUCCAAGUCCCAUGGGAUCGUCUGAUAGCAAGGUCCUGCCGCUCAAUGUUCAGGUGGUCACUCAGCACAUGCAAUCAGUCAAGCAGCCACCAAAGACUCCCCAGAACGUUCCCGCUAGCCCCGUUGGUGACCGCUCUGCCCGACAUCGCUACCCGCAGAUCUUACCCAAGCCAGCAAACACCAGUGCUCUCACCAUCCGCUCUCCCACGACGGUGCUAUUUACCAGUAGCCCAAUCAAGACUGUUGUGCCAGCUCCACAUGUGAAUUCCUUAAAUGUGGUAAAAAUGACAGCAAUAUCUCUAGCCCCGAGCAGCAGUAGUGUGCCCGUCAAACAGACGCCUUCAGUUAGCACUAGUGCAGGAGCAGUGGAAGAAGGGAGGACUGGUCCACAGAUCAAAAAUGGAUCUGUUGUUUCCCUUCAGUCUCCAGGAUCCAAGCCUAGCACUGUUGUAGCUACGCCUGCAGUCAAGAUCAAAACAGAACCAGAAGCAUUGCUGGACGAGAACUCUGCACAGGGCCAAGAGAGCUCUGACAUGUCUAAAUCCAUAAAGGCAACCCCUGACCUGCCUCCUGCACAGCUAAUUAAUUUUGAGGUUGCAGCCUUGAAGGUUUCAGCGGAUGAGGUCGUGGAGCUAAAACCAGGUAAGGGCUGUGAUCAGGAAGCUGAAGAAGCAGGGACCAAAUAUAAGACACAAUCUGAUGAAAUCACACCAGUUUCUUCAGCAGGCAAUAAUCAAAGCACUCUUAAGCUCACAGUUGCCAGUCAAAACUUGUCCAGCACCAGCAUCAAUUCACCUCCUACUGGUGAGUCUAUGAUUAAAGAAAAAACAUGUACUAAAAGUCCAAGAAAGCGACAACCUUCCACACUUCAGGAUUCCCAGUUACCACCUGUAAAGAAACCACUAGUGGAGCAGUUCACAGCUGGUAAUGCUGUGGAGGGUCAAAAAGCUAACAAUGCUAAGAAGGCUCUGAAGGUUGGAUCAUUAGCUAACAGUGACAAUACAGCAACACUUGCUCAAGUUCCUAGCAAGGUGCCCGUGACAGUACCUGUACCUUCUACAGCUGCUGCAAACUUAGCAACAGAUCUUUCUUUGAGCACCAAUUUAAAUACCUGUGAUCCUGCUUUAGAACAGCAGCUUGCAUCAGCAUCAUCUCCAGAUAUAAAAGUAAAAUUGGAAGGAAACUUGUUUAUCAUAGAAAAUGAUUCAAAAUCUGAUGGCAGCUUUAACCCAAAUACAUGGCACCAUAUCACCAAAACCUCUGAUUUUGCAUCUGUGAAUUGUGAUCAGCAGCAAGAUAUCAGUGUUAUGACUAUUGCUGGGCACUCUGGCUCUAGUGACUUACAGGAAUCUGCGUGGGAGCCAGUGCACUGUGAAGGUAUACAGCAGGAUGUGUACAGCCAGCAGUUACAGAGCCAGAUCCAGGACUCCUUGGAUCAAAUACAAGCACAGUCUUCAAAUCAGUUACCUCUGCAGUCUGAGCUGAAAGAGUUUGAGCAUGCAGUCCCUCAGUCAAAUGAAAACUUCUUUUCAUUUGAUGAUGACCUUACCCAGGACAGCAUUGUGGAGGAGCUGGUGCUCAUGGAGGAGCAAAUGUCCAUGAAUAAUUCCCAUUCUUAUGGUGGUUGUCUAGGAAUGACACUUCAGAGUCAGGCUGCAGCUCAAGGAGCUCCUGUGUCAUCUCACCCAAGCAGCACGCACUUUUACCAUUCGAUCCAUAACAACAGCACUCCGAUACACACUCCCACUCCCACUCCCACCCCAACUCCCACCCCCACCCCGACUCCAACACCCACCUCUGAAAUGAUUGCUGGAUCUCAGAACAUGUCUCGAGAGAGCCCUUGUUCAAGGCUGGCUCAGACAACUCCUGUAGACAGUGCCCUAGGAAGCAGCCGGCACACGCCUAUUGGCACACCCCAUUCCAAUUGCAGCAGCAGUGUCCCUCCAAGUCCUGUGGAAUGCCGAAACCCAUUUGCAUUUACUCCCAUCAGCUCUAGUAUGGCUUACCACGAUGCCAGCAUCAUAUCAAGUAGCCCUGUGAAGCCAAUGCAGCGGCCUAUGGCUACCCAUCCCGACAAAACGAAGCUCGAGUGGAUGAAUAACGGCUACAGUGGGGUCAGUAAUUCCUCGGUUGCAAACCACGGUAUCCUUACAAGCUACCAGGAGCUGGUGGAAGAUCGCUUCAGGAAACCUCAUGCUUUUGCAGUUCCCGGCCAGUCAUACCAGUCUCAACCGCGCCACCACGACACUCACUUCGGUCGUGUGACUCCUGUUUCACCUGUGCAGCACCAGGCAGCCCCUGUCUCUAGCACUACCAAGCAGGAGGGCUUUGCUGUUCCUGCUCCUUUGGACAACAAAGGAACUGGUUCAUCUCUCAACAACAGUCUGAGAUGUCGGAGUGUGAGCCCUGCUGUUCAUCGCCAGCGUAAUCUCAGUGGAAGCACUGUUUACCCUGUGUCAAAUAUACCACGGUCUAAUCUGACACCUUUUGGAAGUCCAGUGACUCCUGAAGUUCACAAUGUAUUUGCUAAUAUCCAUGCAGACACCAGUGCCAAUAACAUAGCACAGAGAAGCCAGUCGGUCCCAUUGACUGUGAUGAUGCAGACGGCCUUCCCGUCUCUUCAGAAACAAACAAACACUAAAAAAAUAACCAAUGUGUUGUUAAACAAACUUGAUUCUGAUAGUGAUGAUGCAGUGAGAGGUUUGGGAAUGAACAACAUGCCCUCAAAUUACACAGCCAGGAUGAAUCUCACUCAGAUUUUGGAGACAUCCACUGCUUUUCCUAGUGCCAACCCACAAAGCAUGAUCAAUUCCAGCACUUCAGUUUAUGAAUUCCAAACACCAAAUUACCUCACAAAAAAUAGCAGCACCGAUCAGAUCAGUUUUUCUUCUGGAGAUAACCAAGCACAAUCAGACAUCGGAGAGCAGCAAUUAGAUUUUAGCAGCACUGUAAAAGACCUUUUAGGGGAGGACAGUCUGCCAACAAACCAGCAGCUGGUGAAUCAGGUGGCAUCAGAUCUCAAUAAUGUUGCAUCUGUCUUUCCCAGCGACAUCAGGUUGUCUUCCGAGCUCUCAGGCAGCAUUAACGAUCUGAACACUUUAGACACAAAUCUACUGUUUGAUCCAGGUCGUCAGCAGGGACAAGACGAUGAUGCUACACUGGAGGAAUUAAAAAAUGACCCCUUGUUUCAACAAAUCUGCAAUGAAUCCAUUAACUCAAUGACUGCAUCAGGUUUUGAGUGGAUGGAGAGUAAGGAUCAUCCUGCUGUUGAAAUGUUGGGUUAAUCUUGUUUUAUAAUAUGUAUGUAGCACACUGUAUCUAAAAGACAGACGUAUUGUAUUUGUCUUAAUGGAAGUGCCUCCCGCAGCAGAAACACUUGCUAUGUAUUGUGGCAUUUUUAAAAAAAGUUUGCUGUUGCUCAUUCUUCAGUAAGGAAAAGGCAGUCUUACCAAUUUUAAACAAAUCUCUGAAGGUGAUGGGCUAUCAAAGAGCCAGUAUUAAAAUUUGAGUUUUGGAGUGUUUCCCAUUCAACAUUUCUUGUUUUAGCAAAUAAAGAAGUGGUUAAUGGCAGCCAAUCAAUGGUUGAUGCUUUGGGAGGGUUUUAAUUCAAGCUUGUUAGUAGACUUUCCAUACUUUGUAUUGGUUACUUCUUAGUAGGUGAUCUUUACUGACCUUUGUCAUCCAGGUUUGAAAUGCAGGGUACCUGCAGGUAGGUGAGGUGGUGGGGAGUGGGUACAAGUGGACCAGGUGACAUGCAGAUGCCUGAUAAUUGUGUAGCUGUUUGCAGCACUGCUUGAUGGUGAACUUUGGGAUAUCUCUGUAGCACUGGUGCCGUUGGCAUCACCAGUAAAACACAGAGAUGGUAAAAGUUAACAGGAAUGAUCAAGGAAAAAGAUGCACUAAAUUUUUUUUAUUUAAGAGAAAUAAAUUUAUGUAGUUGCUUUAUCCAUUAAUAUUCAUGACAUACUUGAUAUUUUAGUUCUCAUGUCAAUGUUUUUAUAUUAGGUAAAAUAAAUGCAAAAAGAUUUUGAGCACUGAGAUUUAAUCUAGGCAUAACCCCCUAUUUUAAAGUGAUAGGUACUGUUUAUCAAUGCUAGAGAAGGAACAAGAUAUUUUCCCUCUUUUUCCUUUUUUUUAAUAGAGAGCUGUUGGAGCUCAUUAAAACACUGUUUCUAAAGGUUCCUUUUCUUUUAAGUUUGCUCUUUCCUAACCUAGUGGAGGGCGUAGGAAGAUGUUAUUUUCUCUCUAUUUCAGUAGGUUGGGCCUUUCUGUCUUGCUCUCUCUCUCUCAAACAAAAGAUUAUAAAAAUAUUAGAAAAUGUGGUUAAUCUAAAAAUAUUUCAUAUAGAGCCAUAAUACUGCCAGGCACUUUACAGAUACACAGUAAGACAUGUGAUCUUUCUUUUGGUAAAACUUAACUUUAAAUGUACUUACUGUUUUAGAAGCCUGAAUUCCGUUUUCAAAAGUGAUUUGACAGGGUUGAUGAAUCUAAUUUUUUUUUUAAGGAAAAAAAUGCUUCUCCUCUGGAAAAUGAGAAUUAGACUUCUGUCUCACUGGUUCACUCAAACCAAAAAAGACCUUUUAUUUUAUCAGCAUGGCUCUCUAAUGGUCAAAAGAGAGAGGUAUUUACCCAGCUAUGGCCUUGAUGCUAGAAAGAGGGCUUGCAGAGGCAGGUUUUUAUAAAAGAAGUGGUGCACUGAGUAUGCUACAAUACCAUCUCCUAAGCCUAGUAUGAAAUUGAUUACUUUUCCUGUGACCUGAAACAAAGCAGAAAAUAGAGGAGGAAAAAUUUUCUUUUACAUUUCUUUGAUGAGUGGUCAUGAAUUUAUGAACGGGGAGGUUCAGUAAUCCCCUCCUAGAUUUCUCUAAGGGGAAGAUGCUCAGAUUUUUCAUGUGAUUAGUGUUUUUCUUUAAGUAUCUUGGUGGUCUUCUGUUUAUUCAGUUUUUGAAAAUUACUCGAGAUCCCAGUACUGGUCAAUUAUAUUUGGCAGUGCUGAUUCAACUUGUGCUACUGCAUUGGCACUGGAGGUGCUGGUAUAUCAUGGCUUCUCUUGCCCUUGCCCCAAUUCAUCACGAGUUUACGGCCUCUUCUGCAGGGACAAACAGUUGUGCCAAGUUAUAGCACCUUAUGGGGGCCUGAUUUCACUGUGCUUGCAUCAGAAGUUUUGCCACUUCAUCAGGAACAAACCUGGACAGUUCUGAUUCCUCCUUGAAGCACAAGGAUGUUGUUGAUAAUGUGGUUUGCUUUAGACCAAGUGACUUCCAAGGCAAUGGGGAGGAGACUAAAAGCUGCAUAGUAACCUUCUGCUUGUUGUCCUGCCGGGUGUCUGUCAGUAAGACUUGAACCAUUUUUCUUGUAGACUACAGUUGCUGAAGGCAGGGCUUGAAUCCUGUACUUGCCCAUGGCCUUUUGACAGAGAUGUGCUGAACAUCCUCUCACCCUGGUGGGAGGAUGGGUCUGAGAGACACUCAGCACCUUUUUGUUUCUGUUUCCUGACCCUGUGUGAAGUGCCAGCACUACUGUGAAUAGGUGAAACCUGCUUUGAUGAAGGGGGAGGGUCCCUUCCAACUCAGCUAUUGUGUGAGUCUGUGACUCGGUGCCAGCUGCGGGAGGAGCUGCAGCAGCCCGUGUUCCAUGGCGGGCUGGCCUCACCUCUGGCCGCAGACACUGACACUGAGGGGGACUUGGGGAAAGAAGGUUUAGCCUAACUGCUAGGUUUUUAAAGAAGAUUUCUCACAAAAGCAAGAGGAGAUUUAAAGCUGAUGCAUUCUAAAUUAUGCAGCCAUCACCAAAGGUUUUUAAAAGUGCAUUUAAAAUUUUCUUUAAAUGCAAGCAUUACAUUGGGCCGAACAUGUGACUUAAUUAGCAGAAAUAUUCAAUAAUCAGUGGGUUUAAAGCAAAUAUAUGUUUAAUUUUCAAAGUAUUAAAUUCGAUAAGAAUUGUUUCAAGUAAAAUCCAAGGCACAGGCACAGCUUUGUACAUUGGUAUGUAUCAUUUUAGAUAUGUUUGUGUGUUGGUGUUAUAAUUAAUGUUAGGUCCCUGUACUUAGUGCUAGUUAGUUCUUUAUGAUACAUUGAGACAGAGCACUACUGCACACCAAAGUAUGCAAUACCCAAAGGAAAAUUCCGUGAUCCUAACAAAUGGAAGCCUGUCUUUGUCAGAUACUCCAAAACUAUGAAUUUGAGACAGUUCUGACCCCUUGUUUACAUUAUUGGCUUCCUGCUAACAUAAGAAAUAAAUUAUUUUGAUAGCAGUUUUUGCUAAAGUAUACAAACUAGUGAAUUUGUACCCUGUGUACAGUAUUGCAGCAAACACUUUAAAUUUGAUUGCUUGGUUAGUCCAGCAAACUUUCUGGGUUCAUAUAUUGCACUAAAAUUCUGUUGAACCUGUGGCAGGCACAUUCCUUAGGAUAAAUGCAACAAAUACGGCCCACAGAUUUAAAAAAAAGGCAAAACAAAAAAAAAAACCAACAAAAAACCAACUUUUUAAUGUGUUUCAUUAUUAAAAGGCAAAAUGUCAUUAAAAGUGACAGGUGAAAUUGUCUUAUGUAGCAAUGUGCAUUGAUCUCAAUGAGAUAUUUCUAUUUUUGAUUCUCUUACAUGAGAAUAUUGCAGCAGGAAAAAUUAAGUUUAGUUGGCUUCACCAUGUUAAUACAUGAUCACAAAACGUGCAUGAGUGUUAAUGACUUAAUCUUGUACAGUACUAGAUAUAUUCCUGUAACCACUUUUAUUUUUUUUAUUCUUUUGCUGUAUUGAAGCUGGUUCAGUGUUAACCAGGUGAGCAUAGUUAUUCACAAGUUAUUUACUUUUUUAUGUUAACUAAUUCAGCUUAGUUAUUGUUAAAUAUGUUCCUUUCUUGGAUUAUUUUUUAUUGUUCUGGUGUUGAAAAACAUUUUCGCAUCAUUUUAUCAUGAUAAGACUUCAUGAAGUAAAUAAUUUGCAAAUAAUUGCAAUAAGCACUGACUUCCGAACUGAAAAGAAGGAAAGCGUUUCUUGUGCAGUGCAUCUGAGGAUCAUAUAAUAGUCUUGUACUAUACUGUGCUUUAUUUACUGCACCAUAAGGAAAGAAAAAUCCCUGUUCCACAUUUUCAUUUAGUGCAGGAAAUCCAGUUUCUCCCCUCUUCCCCAGUGUUUUGUUGUCUGUUGUACUGCUGAAACUACAGUAGUUGAAUAUUGCAGUAGCAUUUCAGUUAUUUUUUUUAUUGAAAGUGCUCAAAAAUUGUUUUUUAAAUGUUUUCAAAAACAAUAAAAACAUUUUAUAUUAAAAU